GACCCAAAGGGAAAUGCUGAAUGCCGGAAUGAUAAGACACGGGCAAGGGGAGUUUUGAGGACUUGGAGGAGAGAUUGGCUUUCUGAGAUGAACUUGACAUAUCCUGAUACUCUCAUGAACAUCGACUUCUGCUUCCCGGGGAGAGGAAGGAGAGAGCAAGGGAACAGGAAGAUGACGGGCGACGAUCAGGCCUAGUAAUUUCGGCCGAUCAGCAGUGGUGUCAUUGUAACUUUAGCACCUCCGGUUGAAUGGCGAGAGUGUUGGGUAAUGAUCUGAUCUCAGCUCAUUUCACUAAGAAACAUCCCCACUAGCAAGGAAAGGAGCAAAGCUGUCUCGUUCUAGACGGGCAAUCUGCCCGCGUUAGAUCAGGUGAGCACCACCCUGUGGAAAGAUCCCUUUCUCUGAUCUCUGAUGGUUUCUUUGAAGAAAUUAAAGCCCCACGACAAGAUACAACGGGCAAGCACAUCCCGAAAUAUGCGUUUCCCAUUAGACUCUGAAGUCUGGACCAAAGUUUACCUUGUCUAAAUUGAGCUAAAUUUCAGUGUCAAGAAGGAUCUUUCCCAUCCAGACCCAUUUCAUCAAGAUAUUGCUCACAGAGUCGCAGGUCGCUUGGGCUCUGCAGCAAAAACGAUUGUCAAGGUUAUGCCGUUAUGGCAGUUCUAUCGUAGCUCGUGCAGAGAAAGAUGUAUGAACUCCAUAUAUUUGGUUGCGCUCCUCUCGCCUUCAAGUAAGGGACAUGCGAAGAGAGUCAACUGCCCGAUUGAACAAAGCAGUCCCAACAAGUUGAAGUGAAGGCAUUUUGUGUGAAUAAGAUUGGACCAUGGGCAAGGAGACUUACAGACAACCAUCCAGGACAUAUGGGCUUGCUCAGGCCUCUUUCACGGGGCUCAGACUUUAGCUUCGCAUUUCAUGGGAUGUACUCGAUUUUCUUUGUCUGGGCCGCUCUUUCCUCAUCAGUCGUGAGAGUUCUGAGUUGCUAAUCUUUUUCCCUUGUUUGCUCCCAAGAUAUUGUAGAAGAAGUCGGUUUCUUUUAUACCAUAAGUCUAGCAUGGGAACAUGGAUAGAAAAUCAACUCUUAAAGUUUAAGUAAAUGACAGUUACUUCAAGUUUCCUCUGAAUCUUACAGGGUCUCUUUGAAGGCAACGUGGAAACUAGUAACUAAUGACGGCAGAAACUACCAAUUUGCAGUACUGGAUGCAAUGGCAAGUUUUCCUGUGUGCAGAAUGGAUACUACUGGCACUGUUUCUUGCAUCACUUAUGAUUUUGAAGUUCGACGUGUCAAAUAAGGUUAGGCGACAGGGAGAGGAUCCAACCCAACAAGCGGAUGCUUCUUGGUAUGCCGAUGAAUCUUGGAAGCCUUGUCUAAGAGAAAUCCAUCCUGCCAUCUUGCUGCUUUAUCGCGUUGUCGCGUUCUGUUUAAUGGUGACUGUGCUUGUCGCUGACAUCACUUUGGAGGGGUCUGACAUGUUCUACUUCUACACUCAGUGGACUUUCACAUUAUUGACGAUAUAUUUUGGGCUUGGUUCGUUAUUUUCCAUGUAUGGCUGCCGUAUCAGCCUCAACAAGUCAGGCUCUGACAAUGCUGGCUGCCUUAAAGUAGAUGACGAAAGUGGCAGUAGUGUUUGUCUUGCCAAUGGGAGAAGCCAAAAUGCGACUGCAACCAACAAGAACACAGAAAGACAUGUUCAUGAAAAGGCUAGGCGUUGGGGUUAUAUCCUUCAGAUUGUAUUUCAGACAAGUGCAGGAGCUGUGGUGCUUACAGAUUGUGUUUACUGGCUCAUCAUUUUCCCCUUUCUCACUGAAGAGGACUAUAACUUGAAUUUUUUGAUGGUCACCAUGCAUUCAAUCAAUGUUGUCCUCCUCUUCAUAGAUACUUGGCUUAAUCGCAUGCGAUUUCUAUGGUGUCAUAUUGCAUACUUCAUCCUAUGGACUUGUAUAUAUGUUAUUUUUCAGUGGAUACUUCAUGCUUGUACUUCUUCAGGGUGGCCAUACCCAUUUCUUGACCUGUCAUCUCAGUGGGCUCCUCUAUGGUACUUGUUUGUCGGUCUGAUGCAUAUCCCAUGCUACGCAGUAUUUGCUUUAAUGAUAAAGGCUAGACAUUUCUUCUUAUCAAGGUGGUUUCCUCAGUCAUAUGAAUGCUACAAGUGACUUUGCAGGAUGGGGAAACGAACAAAUGUCAAAGCAGUCAUCUACCUUGUUGAUAUAUCUCGUUGUAAGGUUUUGAUUAAUGCUUCAGAAAAUGGUCCAUGGAAAAAUCCUGUGAAAAAAAAGUUUCAGGAAAAAAAAUUAUAAGAUGGAAGUUCGCAAGAUGCAAAUACUUGUCAUAAUUAUUGGCCAUUCUUUUC